AUGCCUUCCAGUGAAUUAUACGUUGGAAAUCUAGAUCCCGAUACAACGACACAAGAAUUAAAAGAAAUAUUUGAGAGAUAUGGCGGACUUGUACGAUGUGAUGUUAAAUUCGGUGGGUCUGCCUAUUCAGCUGCAUUUGGAUUUGUUGGUUUUGAUUUCAGCGAUGAUGCCGAGCGUGCUCAACGUAAAGAACAUGGACGAAGUCAUCGUGGUCGACGUUUAAUUGUUGAAUUUGCGAAAACAACGCCUGGUCAAGGACGACGAGGACGAUUUGCAGGAAGUGAUAACAGAAUUCGUGAUCGUUCAAGAUCUCGAGAUCGAGAUGAUGAUAAUCCAAGAGGUGGAUAUAAAAGAAGACGUUCACCUUCGUAUAGCAGACGUUCAAGAGAUAGUGAUCGUGAUCGAGAUCGUGAUUCGGAUAGAGAUUCAGAUCGUAACCAGCGCAGUAACAAUACGAAUUCAUCACGUUCAAAUCGUGGCGGUACAGAUCGUUCACGUUCAAGAGAUAGAGGUGACCGUGACAGAAGUGAUAGAGAUCGUUCACGAUCAAGAGACAGAAGAGAAAAUAAUCGUUCAUCGCGUAGUUCAUCACGACGAUAA